AUGUGUCACUGUUUUUGUGUUUCCUUGUUUUGCAGUGGUAUCAUGAAACCUGGAUUGAAUGCCAUCAUGGGCCCCCUGGGGAGUGGGAAAACCACGUUAUUGGACAUCUUGGCUGCGAGGAAGGAGCCCUCAGGAUUUAGUGGCGAGGUCCUCAUUGAUGGUGUGCAGCAACCAACUAACUUCAACUGCAUUGCUGGAUAUGUCAUAUACGAUUACAUGAUGACUGGGACACUGACUGUGAGGGAGAACUUGGAAUUCUGUGCUGCGUUGAGGCUGCCUAAGAAUCUCACCAAAUCUGAAAGAACAAGAAGAAUCAAUAACCUUAUUGAAGAGCUUGGACUCAGUAAAAUAGAAAACUCUAGGAUUGGAACACCAUUCGCUCGCUGUGUCUCUGAGGGAGAGAAAAGGAAAGCCAGUAUCGCAAUGGAGCUGCUGAAAGACCCUGGUGUUCUCUUCCUGGAUGAACCAACAAGUGGUUUGGAUACCAGUAAUGCAAACGCUGUCCUGCACUUACUGAGAAGGUUAGCAUGGCAAGGGAAAACAAUCAUCUUCUCGGUUCACCAGCCUCGGUAUUCAAUGUUCAAACAAUUUGACUCCUUGACACUGCUCACCAGUGGCAAAGUAAUGUACCAUGGACCUGCCAGGAGUUCCAUUGAUCACUUUAAAGCAAUAGGAUAUAAAUUUCACGUGCAUUGCAACCCUGUUGACGUUGUGCUUGAUAUCUUGUGCAAAGCUGCAGAAAAUCAAAGAGAGAAUGGUUUUGGACCCACUAAUCAGCAAGGUGAUUCCACUAUCUAUGAGACAAUGCUGCAGACGUACCAUGCUUCGACAUAUUUCAGUCAGCUAGUGACACAGUUAGAGAAACUCUCCGAUUAUAGCAGGCUGCAUCAGAUCCUACCCUCCCCAGAUCACUUCACACGGACAACAUCGUUCUCCCACCAGCUGAAGUGGUUGGGCAAGCGGAUAUUCAGGAAGUACCUGGGGGACCCACAUGUGCCAAUUUUAACGGUGACAAUUGGAGUGAUACUGUGUCUGGUUUUGGGAUGUGUCUUUUACCGAAUGAAAACCAAUCACGUUGGGCUCCACAACCGAUCUGGUCUUUUGUUUUUUAUUGUUAAUUGUCAGAUGUACAGCAGUAUCUAUGGUAUUGAACUUCUGGUCACAGAAAAGAAGAUUUUAAUUCAUGAAUAUAUCAGUGGGUACUACUCAUUGCCAGCAUACUUCAUUUCCAAGUUAUUGUUUGAUCUGAUCCCCCUGAGGACAAUUCCAGGUGUUAUUUAUAACAGCACAACUUAUUUUCUCACAGGUUUGAAACAAACGGUUCCUGCAAUUUUUAUAUCGAUUCUCACCUUGAUCAUGGUCUCCUAUACCUCUUCAGCUUUGGUCUUGGCAAUUGCAGCUGGAGGGAAUUCUGUAACUAUUGCGAUCAUUAUGCUAUCACUCACUUUUGUCUUGAUGACUAUCUAUUCCGGAUUAUUGGUGCAUCUGCCAGGAAUUGUAAAAUGGCUCAGCUGGUUACAGUAUAUCAGUAUCACUCGCUAUGGAGUUACUGCUCUCAUGGUGAAUGAAUUUGUGGGCUUGACCUUUUCAUAUAACGUGUCAGAUUUGGGGAAGGGCUGUCACUGCCCAAAUCCAACCCCAGUUCAGAUCUCGUGCACAGGAACUCAGCACCUUCAGGACAUGGGGAUUGGCACAGCAACGUGGGAUUUGUGGCAGAACCAUGUGGGAUUAAGUGCACUGAUCACCUUCUUCCUAAGCAUUGCAUAUUUGAAACUCUUGUACAUGAAGAAAUUGUCAUGA